CAAGGUGUGACCUGGCUUCACUAUUCUCAGAAUUCAUACAGGAUACUUGGAUACUUAGAUAGGAGUGUUGGUUUUCGUUCGUGGAUGUUAUUUAUACAAAAUGAAAGGUGUCCAUUUCCUAUUCUUGUCGGUACUUCUGGUUACUGUAACAAAACUGACAUGCACAGGAGGACAAAUGGAUGACGAUGGCAAUUAUGUUGAAGACGAAGAAUUCAUACCUGUGUGGAAGAAUACGUCUCUUCCAUUUCCACAGGAAAAACGGAUCUUUACCCCCAGGAGGGACCCAGCAAAACAUUUGAACACAAAGUCCUUCAACCAGGAGAACGUGGAGCUGAUGCUUGAGGAUGACCUGCUUCUGCAGCUGGAGGGGGAUGAUGUUUUGUCUCGCCACAGGCGUGAGGUCGAGGGGACGGGAGAUGGAGAUGAAGUGACUGCAACACUUACACUUGAUGUGGACCCUGGCAUAUCCAGUUUUUCGGCAAGUGUCCAGAGUGGGGACAGCAGCGAGGAAGCCGUGAGACGACAGCUGGAACAAGAGUUUGCGGAUGAUGGCGUCACUAUUGAGAGCAUGGCAAUAACCAAAACAGCUAAUGGAAAUACGUUCAAGUACACGAUCACUUGUGGGUUCACGGGAGACGGUGACCCAAUCGGUGUCGCCUAUGCUUUAUCUAUACUGCAUCGUCGUGUGCAGUUUGGAAGUUUCAGCAUCACCACAGUCCCCACCAUCUUCACCGACAACAAAGGGGAAGUUUCCGUCAUCUGUUUUCUGUGUCCUGAGGACCGUCCCUGUUCAAAUGGAGAAUGCCGUACCUCAACGGUGUCAUCGAGCUCCAGUCCCUUCCCAUAUGGCUUCUCGGAGGCUGACAGCAGACUGGGGCGAAGUAGAUGGGAUAUAUCCAGUGGCAGAAUAUACAUUGAGGACGGCUUUCCCUUCUACGACAACUUUGAAAAUGUGAUUUAUGUUGGUGACAAUGGAGGCGUGACCUUCGGGAGCCAGUACAAUUCGUAUUUUUUUCGAUCAAUACGAUAUGCGAUGAAAUACAUAUGUGUGUACUGUGCGGACUUCGACAUCAUAUCCCGUGGCAACGUCUUCUAUCACGUCUAUGCGUACGGGGAUUUCAGUGCUGAGCAUGCGCUAGCGAGAGCCACAGCGGAAGUGAGGGCGCGAACACGACAGCGAACAUUCCAAGCAUCAUGGGUCAUGGUGAUCACGUGGGACGACGUUCCGUUUUUUUCGUGGUAUCAUAGUUGGGCGUCUGACAGGGGCAGUACCUUUCAAUUGGUCCUCAUCACAGAUGGACAAGUGUCAUAUGUGAUGUUCUUCUAUGUGACUAUUCAAGAUUCAUAUUAUACACGUUAUCAUAGAGAGCAAGCAGUACACGGGUUUAAAGGACAAUUCGCAGGCCAAUUUACAGAACUGGAGUAUUCAAGGAGAGACAUUGAGUAUUUUGAAGCAGACUUCUUCUCUUGGUAUGAAAAACCAAGAAUGGACCAAGUUAGGGGCAACUCACUAAGUCAGAAGGGCGUUUGGAUGUUCAAAGUCGGAGACAUUAUUAAUUUGAGCCCUGAACGGAAAUGCUACCAAUGGUUCCUGCAAAACUUUGCCUUGAGAAAACAGUUCAGGACCCGGGCCAGAAGUCUUCGUAACGACCGAUGUCCCUGUCUCAGACGCUGGUUGCCAUGGACUGCGAUUUUCCUUCCUCUUUCCCCGUACUGGUGGUACAACCCUUACUGUGUUGAGAUGAGAGCAACCUUCGGACUGGACACAUAUGAAUGCUGCUACGACAGAUGGGGACGGUUUAUCAACAGGUUACCCGAUGCUGGAACCUACGUCCGAUUUAGAGAAUCUCUAGGCCGUACGAGGCACUAUUUCCAAGACAGUGGACCCAAGCAGUGGUGCUGUAGGGAGUCUCGUCUAUGUCGUCUAUACAAAUAUCUCAGACCUAGGUCAAGCUGUUCAUGGGAAGUACCCAGGGCUAUCCGAUUUUGGAAUUCGGGCGACCCCCACUUCAUGACACUGGACGGCAAGGUAUACACCUUUAACGGAUUGGGGGAGUACACGUUGAUGGAACUAGAAAACAAGACCUUCACCUUCAAGCUACACUGCCGAACUGCCCAAGCAAAGUCGGAAACAGGGGAGAAGGUCAAGGCCACCGUGUUCUCCGCCUUCGCAUUUGAGCAGAAGAGUGAAACUCUGGGCACAGGACGGGUUCAUGUCGGACUGAACACAAAUAGGACAAAAAUGGUCAUCUACAUAGAUGACGUUGACAAGACCCUGGAGUUCCAGGAACCAGACUUUCAGACACAAUCACCUUUCCUCAGUGUAUUAAAAGAAAACGACACAAACAUUCAAAUUGCUUUCCCACAAAUUGAUGUUGUGGUGACCGUGAGCCUCAUCUCAGGAACACUGUCCCAGUCGGCCGUUUUACCGGAAACAUACAGAGGUCUAACUAAAGGUCUUCUUGGAAAUUAUAACGGAGACGACACUGAUGACUUCGUAUCAUCCACAGGCUCCCCCUACCUUGCUACCUCCACAGAUGAAGUUCUCUACCAAUUCGGCCAAUCAUGGGCUUUGACCAAUAUGACUGAAUCUGUUCUCCAUUACGCUCCGGGUGAGGAUAUCUCUACAUUUACAAACAGCAGCUACACACCACUGUUUGAGGAGGAUAUAGCGGCUAACACACGCGCUGAAGCUGAGGGUGUGUGUGGCGGGAAGGACGAGACACAGUGUAUAUAUGACUACGCCGUGACUGGGAACAAGGACCUGGCAAUAGCAACUACUACCCAGAUAGAGGAAGCACGAAACACCACUAAAUAUCUAUCGAACCGCAGUCCGGCACUGUCCGGCACCACUCAGAUCCUCAUAGAAGCUGGACAGGAAGUCAGGCUGACGUACGAGGCGAACGAUGCUGACAACGACAUCGUCAAAUACUACACCGUUGGUGACACGCCGUCAGACUUCACACUCAACGAGACCUCGGGUGAAGCCAGAGUGAAACUCAACUCCAGCGAUCGCACCAAGAUCACAAUUGUCGCUACAGAUGUUAAUGGAGCCGAUUCUCCUGUUAUUGAAGUGGAAAUAAGAUACUGUCGAGGGUGUGGCCCUAAUGGGACGUGUGACUACUCCACACCGGAAGUCUUCCCCACAUCUGAGAAUGACGCGCUCUUCCAAACCGUUAUCUGCACAUGCGACACAGGCUACACAGGUGCAAACUGUUCCGAAGACAAGAAUGGAUGUGAAGACAAUGUUUGCAACAACCGUACGUGCCAGGACGUCGACCCAGAAGAGGAAGCGAAUAGCGGUUACGCCUUCAAGUGCUCGCCGUGUUCACUUGGAUAUGAAUCCGACACUGUGACACAGGCAGAGUGUAAAAAUAUUGACGAAUGUGUACAAGGCCAGAACUGCACUGCCAACUCACGAUGUGAGGACACUCCCGGGUCUUAUAUUUGCAUAUGUGAAAUUGGCUAUAGGAAGAACAGUGAGGAACAAUGUGACGAUAUUGAUGAAUGUUUUGAGGAGUCCCAUGACUGCCAGCAUAAAUGCAACAACACAGACGGCGGUUUCAUCUGCGACUGUUUCCCCGGUUACACCCUCGACGCUGACAACAAAACAUGUAACGGAACCCCAAAAGAGUGUAACAGCCUGAACUGCAGCCAGGUGUGUGACACCACAGCCAGAACGUGCGCAUGUAAAUCAGGCUAUAAACUUGGCGAUGACAAUGCAACAUGUAUAGAUAUCGACGAAUGUCAGAACAACCUAUGCUCCCAGAUCUGCACCAACACCAACGGCAGCUACUCGUGCUCCUGCAACGCAGGCUUUAAACUCGGAUCAGACAAGCAGUCAUGUCUCAAAUGUGGUUUUCCGAGAUGGGGCGUCGAAUGCAAUUUCACGUGCGAAUGUCAAGGUCAAGGCUUUAUGUGUGACCCUGCCCUUGGCUGUCUAUGCCAGGCUGGGGAGACAGGGGUCAACUGCGACGGGAACGUCAACGAAUGCGAGAUGAACCUCACCAUCUGUGGGUCCAAACAGAUAUGUAACGACACGGAAGAUGCCUACAUAUGUUCCUGUCCGCCAGGCUACACCGAGGAUGGGUUUGACUGUAUAGACAUCAACGAGUGUGAGGAUGACGAUACUACAGCCUGCCCCGCCAACUCCGUCUGCAACAACGUCAAUGGCUCCUACACCUGUGACUGUGAUGUUGGCUUCAAGAAAGAUGGUGAUAUUUGCUCUGACAUUGACGAGUGUGACAACGGCCAGGCUAACUGUGAACACUCGUGUGUCAACAAGAACGGCAGCUAUAACUGUUACUGCGCCAUUGGACACACCCUCAACGACGACAGGAGGACGUGCACUAAAGAUCUUGAUGAGACAGACCCCUGUGAAGGCCUGACGCUGAACUGCACUCACUACUGCACCGUGGUGGACGGAAACUCUGUUUGUCGGUGCAACCGAGGCUACUUCCUCGGAUCAGACCUUCAAACAUGCACAGACAUCGAUGAGUGUUCUGAUGACACACUUAACCUGUGUACGAACAAAGACACCUGCACAAACACCCCAGGGUCGUACACCUGCAGGUGUACAGCUGGUUCAAGGCUUGACAACAAUGGCCGAACAUGCGUUUCCUGCGAUGAGUACCACUGGGGUGAGAGCUGUUCCAACAACUGUGACUGUGAACCCCUGGGGACAAAGCGGUGUGACAAGGUCAAGGGGUGUGUGUGUAACCAAGGGUGGACAGGGGACAAGUGCCAGGAUGAUGUCGACGAGUGUACCUCCACGGCGACAUGUCUGGCCAUCUCCGACUGCCUCAACACCCCUGGGUCUUACAGGUGCAUAUGCCGCACAGGCUACGGGCUCUCCGCUAAUGCCAGUGCUUGUGAAGAUAUUGACGAGUGUUCGGAGGCUGCAGACAAUCUUUGUGAUCAGGAUUGUCGGAACACUGUAGGGAGCUAUCUGUGCAGCUGCAGGCCUGGCUUUAUCAAGGAAGGCAAGGGCUCCUGCAAUGAUAUCAACGAGUGCAGUCUGGGAACGCAUGCUUGUGAUCACAAGUGCAGGAACACACAAGGUGGCUAUGCAUGUGAAUGCUACGAUGGAUAUCAACUCACCAAAGAAAGGAGAAAGUGCACACUGAAACCUGGAGCUACGACUUGCAACAGAACAGACUGCUCCGCCAACGGUGGUUGUCGUGUUAAAGGAGGAAUAGACAUAUGUUUCUGUAACACAGGAUACCAGCUAAGUGACGCCGACAACACAACCUGUGAUGACAUUGACGAGUGUGACGUGAAUACAACGUGUUCGCAGAACUGUACGAACUCACCUGCUGGCACGUACACAUGUUCCUGCUCUGUUGGCUUCCUGUUGGCUGCUGACAAGACAACGUGUGAAGCAUGCCCUGACGGCACGUAUGGCGCCAACUGUACUGAGAACUGCAGCUGCGACGCCACCAACACCAUCAGCUGUAACGCAACUGACGGCAGCUGUACAUGUAGGACUGGAUGGAAUGGAACGACGUGCACGGAGGACGUACCAGAAUGUGCCGACGACUCCCCCAUCUGCGGCACCAACGGCACGUGUGGCGAAAGGAACGGUUCCUAUUCAUGUACCUGUAAUAAAGGAUAUAUACGGACCAAAGGCGGCUGCAUACCUUGUACCAGUAUAACAUAUGGCAUCAACUGUGCAGAAGAUUGUACUUGCGAUUUCGCCAACACAGACUCCUGUGAUUCGAUCAAUGGAUCAUGCACGUGCAAGGAAGGAUGGAACGGCACCAACUGUUCGACUGACGUGGACGAGUGUUCAGAAGAUCUCCACAACUGUACAGACACUGAGGUGUGUCGCAACACAUCCGGCAGCUUUGUGUGUGACUGUCACCCUGGGUUAUGGAAGUCAUCCCAAAGUUCAACAUGUGUCGAAUGCACGUCACCAACAUAUGGGUUCAACUGUGCCAGCAAGUGCACGUGUGUGUUCCCCAACACAGCAUCCUGUGACCCGGUCAAUGGAUCUUGCACGUGCAAUACAGGCUGGAUCGGCACCAACUGUGAGACUAACGUCGACGAGUGUUCAGCCACCCCAUCUGUCUGUACCGAAACUCAAGAGGUGUGUCGCGACACAAACGGUAGCUUUGUGUGCGACUGUAAUCCUGGGUUCGGGCGACCAACCACUGCUGCUGCUUGUGCUGCAUGCAAUUCGACAAGUUAUGGCACCAACUGUGAAAACGCAUGCACAUGCAUAUCCGGGAACUCAUUGUCCUGCAACUCGGUCAAUGGAUCCUGCACGUGCAAUACAGGCUGGACAGGCACCAACUGUGAGACUAACGUCGACGAGUGUUCAGCCACCCCAUCUGUCUGUACCGAAACUCAAGAGGUGUGUCGCGACACAAACGGUAGCUUUGUGUGCGACUGUAAUCCUGGGUUCGGGCGACCAACCACUGCUGCUGCUUGUGCUGCAUGCAAUUCGACAAGUUAUGGCACCAACUGUGAAAACGCAUGCACAUGCAUAUCCGGGAACUCAGUGUCCUGCAACUCGGUCAAUGGAUCCUGCACGUGCAAUACAGGCUGGACAGGCACCAACUGUGAGACUAACGUCGACGAGUGUUCAGCCACCCCAUCUGUCUGUACCGAAACUCAAGAGGUGUGUCGCGACACAAACGGUAGCUAUGUGUGCGACUGUAAUCCUGGGUUCGGGAGACCAACCAGUGGUUCUGCUUGUGCUGAUCGCAACGAGUGCCUAUCCAGCGCCCAGCACACAUGUCAAUACCACUGUGACAACACCGAGGGAUCCUUCACCUGUUCCUGCCCCUACCUCUACUUCGGCACAGGCAAUGAAUGCACAGUUCUCCCACUAGCGCUUGGCCUGUCCAUACCCAUCUUCAUCCUCUUAGCGCUCGUUGUCGCCGUCCUCGUCUUCUGCUGUUGCCGCAGGCGACGUCGACGAAGGCGAGACUCCCUGCUGCCACCAUCAUCGGAGGAUCGUGACGGGGCCUUCCGAAGUUUAUUCUUCGGUGGACUGGCGACAAAGUCAAGCUAUGGUGCCUCUCGCUACCAGGCGUACUCCCCACACACCUUGUCUGAUGCUGCAUCCCAGGUGAGCGACACCUCCCACCGGACAGGGAGGUCCGGCAGGUCAGACUGGACAAGGAGGUCGGACCGGACGGGGAGGAGGGACAAAACAGGACGGGGCAAGAGUUACGCAUUCAAAGACACGCCAUGGGUUCAAGAUCGAUUUCAAGGCUUAACGGAAACAUCGAGAGAUCUCACAUCUGCACCGAUUAGAGAAGAGCCGACGUCAAAUUUCUCCUGGGAACAUUUGUUUUCCGUCCUGGAACCUCAAGGACCUGAUGGCCAGUAUGAAGUACCUCGUCCACAAGUUGAUCAGAGGCCAAAUAGGACAUAUCUGAACUCCCAAGACAUCUAGCUGUCAUGUUAAAUACACAUACAGCGAAACCUGGUCAGCUUGGACACCAUCAAUCUGGAAACCCACCUUGACUAGGACCCCGGAAGUCCGGAAACCCCUUCCAAACGUCAAUUUUGGGGACGUCGGUAAAACACUGAUGAAUAUUAUCUUACAUUCGUUCAUCCGGAAAUCUGACACCGGAAGACUUUUUCUAGAAAAGUGCCGACCGAAUUAAUUGGUGUUCGCUGAAGUUGGAUUCUUAUCGUCUUUCAUGGAGAUAGCCACGUUGCAAUACGACGAUGGCAAAAUACCCGCCUCGUUGAUAUUAGGCGGUCGCUUGUAAAAGUGUGCAUGCGGGUUAAUAUCAGUAUUUCAUUGUUGUUACUUUAACGCCCAUUGAGCAUGGGAAUAUAUUUAACAAAAAGGGAUUUGGGAGAUGGGAUUAUAUAUGACAAGAUGUAUGUUCAAGUCAGUACAGUAUUAACACCCAAGCAAAGUGUUGUACUCUCCUUGUGUAGAUGGGAUUAUAUAUGACAAGAUGUAUGUACAAGUCAGUACAGUAUUAACACCAAAGCAAAGUGUUGUACUCUCCUUGUGAAGAUGGGAUUAUAAUGACAAGAUGUAUGUACAAGUCGUUACGGUAUUAAUACUCAAAUAACUUGUUGUACUGUCCCUGUGGAGAUGGCAAUGGAUAUGACAAGAUUUCUACAGCAGUCGGUACAGUAUUAAUACUCGACUGUACUUUAUUUGAUAAAAUGAACUAUAUCGAUCACAUUAUUAUUUAUCAAUCGUCAUUACUUAUCAUAAUUGGCACCGUUGUAUAUUUCUGGUGUUUGGAGACAUUUGUUAUAUAUAUUUUUAAACACUGGGGGAGUUAUUAGUUUGUUUAUUCAGUUAUUUUAUUGUUACAUAUGUGUGUUUCAUUCCGCCAGUUUUGUAUUUUGUUCAAAUUAUUUAUUGAAUGACAUUAAAUAUGUAUAUAGCUAUUAAAGAUUUAUAUAUAUUUUUCGUAUAUUUGACGCCUCAUAUCGGUCGAUCUGAAUAGUCAGUAUGUUUUCUAGUUUUAUGUAGUGAAUAAUGGCGCUUGUUGGCUUUCGUUUUUUAAUAAUUUGAUAACUAAUUUGGAAAAUUAACCUGUAACUUUACACAAAAUACUUUUUAUCACCACGACGGCUUAAGGAGGCACACUUUGUAGAUUUUCUCACGUAUAUAUCGCACAAAAUGUCGGUGAUGUAAGAAUAUUGUUAUAUGUAUUUAGACAGAGAUUAAGGGUUAUAGAAAACGAAUUGACAUUUCUCAUUUAGAUGAUAAACGGUUAAUAAUAAGAGUCUUUUGUAAAUUUAGAACUUCAUGACAUAAUUUACAUGUAAGUAAUGCUCGGAAAUGCAAGACAAGGGAUAACUCAAAUGUUUUAUGUACAAAUAGAGACAUCAGUGUUGUAGAAGAUGAAUUAUGUUCAUUUUCAAAAUGUAUUCAAUGUAAAGAUCCAAAUAGUUAAUUCCUGUUAUUACUAUUAAUAACCCACUUGCAACAAUUAAUUUGUCCAACCCAAAGAUUUUCACAUCGUAACAUCUGUUGCUGUGUUCCUAAAGCAUGUAUUCAAUAUAAAAUCACAUGCGUUACGAAAACAUGUUUGAAAGUUACAUUGUAAACAAGGCCAUGAAUAAAUUGUUGACUAUGUU